UUGUGGUGUCGUUUACAACACGUUUCUGCCAGAAGCACUAAAACGAUCUGCACCUUUUUGUGUUUAUGGCAUUUACACAGAAAAAGCUCUAAAAUGACCUUGAUUUGUAUACAGUCGAGUACAGCUGCCUAAACUGAAUAUAAUAACUUAAACUUGCCAAAAUAAAUACAUUUAAAAACCUAAAUAAACACUUGCAUAUGUUCGGAAAAGAGAUGAUAGAAUUAUCUUGUAAAUCUGGGGUCUACACAAAAAUCUUUCUUUUCUGAGCAUAUUAGAAUCAAGGUAAAAUGUACACCACAAAACCUUGUCAAUUAGUAGGAACCCAUAUACUCUCUUAUGAGUCAAAUCGCUUUCUUAAAUGAUUUGCUCCAAAUAAAUUCCAUGAGUCUAUUUUUUCAGAACCAUUUCACAUACUGGACUUAUGUAAGAUAAAACUCACAAUAUCAUUAAUGGCAAGUCAUGAGAAAUGAUCAAUGAACAACCUCUGUUUUUAUCAUUAGCGCUUCUGCAGCACAAAAGUGACGUAAUCAGUACAACUUACUUAAACUCUCAACCAAUCAGAGCGGGGCAGGGAGGGAGCCAACACUACCUGUAUAAAUUAAGUGUAGAAAGUCAAGACAGUGUCAGACAGACUUGCCAGUGUCUUCCGCCUAGGGUCGUUUGAGUUCUUUCCUUUGAUUUAGAGUUUGGAGUGUAUCUCCUUCAAUCCUGAGUUGGGAUCUAUACGACGGAAAUGGCAGGGUCAGAGAAACAGCUGACAUCGUUUUUCAUUGAAGAUAUCCUCUCAAUUAAAGAAGAGAAACGACGAGCCUCCAAUUGCGGUGACGUAAAAGAUGAGAGUUCUGGAUGGCGAACAGAGCAAACUACUGAAAAAUCUCUGUCACUGGAAAUAAGAACAGAGGAAUCACAACACGACAUAACAGAAACAAUCGAGACCUCGAGCCCUGCACCAUCAUCAGACAGCACGAGUGCCUUUAGCAAACAUAAGCGUUCGCGGGCUGCGUUCACACACCUGCAAGUCUUGGAGUUGGAGAAAAAGUUCAACCACCAGAAAUACUUAUCAGCGCCAGAGAGAGCUCACCUUGCUAGCAGCCUGAGACUAACGGAGACUCAAGUCAAAAUAUGGUUCCAAAACCGUAGAUACAAAACUAAACGGAAGCAACUAGCUUCGGAAUAUGGGAAAGACUGUUUUCAAAAGCCGGAGGGACUUCCCUUUUCGGUCACGGAAGAGGAUUUGUGUCGGGCGUCACUUUUGGCAACUGUCUACAAAUCAUAUCCACACCAACUAUACAGGCCAUAUGGCUAUGAUUUGAAUGGAUUUGUUAUAAACGGUGUGUGGAGGCCAGCCGUCUGGUGAUAAAGACUUAAUAACGGACAGUUUGCGUGUUUUUGUCCAUGAGCAGUCACAUUGUUUUUAGAGUAUUGCUUGCCUGUAUGUUA